AUGGGGGCCAGAGAGGAGCCCCGGCCCGCCCCUGGGUCCAGCGGCUCCCACAGGGUGGUGGUGCCGAGAGUGGCAGCCCCUGCCCUCCUGCUCCUCCUGGCAUUGCCUGCCCGGGCCUGGCCUGGCCUGGGGCUGCCCCGGCGGCCGUGUGUGCACUGCUGCCGCCCGGCCUGGCCGCCGGCCGCCCCUGGCCCGCACGCCCCCAUGAGCGACGGGGAGGAGUGGGUGUGGCCGCCUCGUGUGCAGCCCACCAUCGACAUCUCAAUCCUCAAAGGUGCAAAGGGCGAAGCAGGGCUCAGAGGUCGCACCGGCAGGAGUGGGAAGGAGGGCCCGCCAGGCUCCCGGGGCCCCCGCGGCCGCAAGGGUCAGAAGGGGCAGGUGGGGCCGCCAGGCGCCCCAUGCCAGCGAGCCUACGCGGCCUUCUCGGUGGGCCGGCGAGAGGGGCUGCACAGCUCCGACGACUUCCAGGCCGUGACCUUCGACACGGAGCUGGUGAACCUGGACAGCGCCUUUGACCUGGCCUCCGGUCGCUUCCUCUGUGCCGUGCCCGGCAUCUACUUCCUCAGCCUCAACGUGCACACCUGGAACUACAAGGAGACCUAUCUGCACGUCAUGUGCAACCGGCGGGCCACCGCCGUGCUGUACGCGCAGCCCAGCGAGCGCAGCGUCAUGCAGACCCAGAGCCUGCUGCUGCCGCUGGAUGCCGGCGACACCGUCUGGGUGCGCAUGUUCCAGCGUGACCGUGACAACGCCAUCUACGGUGAGCACGGCGACCUCUACAUCACCUUCAGCGGCCACCUGGUCAAGCCAGCCACUGAGCUCUAGUGGCCACAGAGAGGCCCCACGCUUGCCCAGCUGCGACGGACGUACCCCCAGACCCCAAACCCGCCCUUGCCUUCACCUUCACAGCUCGGGGCCUGACCCCGUGGGACAGUGCAGGCGGAGUGUUGCCUCCCAGGAAGGCGGGAGGAGAGCCCGGGUCGGGGGCGGCUCUGCACCUGAUGGAGUUGGCCCUCUGGGUCCAGCGACCUGUUCUGCUUAUAAAGGGCUGUGUGGAGCAUCCUG